AAAAAGAAAUUUGCUGACUAUUGUUGAAUGAAUUGGUAAGCAAGUGUUGAAGUUGGAUAACCUUCCCCAUCGUCAUCAAUGGCUCUCUCUUCUCCUCAACUUUCCCUAUUUCCAUUCUCUCGUUUAACCCAAUUCAACACUUGUUGUUCUUACACUUUCAUCACCCACACUUCCCAAACCGUUACUUCACGCCAAUUUAUUCGCAACAACUUCUCUCUUUCUCUCACAAAACAACAACCAACUCCAUCCUUCAUAAUAACCGCUUCUUCUUCCACUAAAACUCUUCCCAUGCUUGCUCCUUACAAUGUUUUGAUUACUGGCUCAACCAAAGGGAUUGGGUAUGCUUUAGCAAAAGAGUUUUUAAAAGCAGGGGACAAUGUCUUGAUUUGCUCUAGAUCAGAUGAAAGGGUAGAGACUGCUGUCAAGGGCUUGAGAGAAGAAUUUGGGGAGCAGCAUGUGUGGGGCACUCCAUGUGAUGUCAGAAACGGAGAGGAUGUGAAGAAAUUAGUUUCGUUUGCUAAAGAAAAACUGAAAUACAUUGAUAUAUGGAUCAAUAAUGCUGGAUCGAAUGCAUAUAGCUACAAGCCACUUGCUGAAGCAUCAGAUGAGGAUCUUAUUGAGGUGGUUACAACAAACACACUUGGCUUGAUGAUAUGCUGUCGAGAGGCAAUAAAGCUGAUGGGGAACCAACCUCGCGGAGGUCAUAUUUUCAAUAUUGAUGGAGCAGGUUCAGAUGGAAGACCAACUCCCAGGUUUGCUGCAUAUGGAGCAACAAAGAGAAGUGUGGUGCAUUUAACAAAGUCAUUACAGGCAGAAUUGCAGAUGCAAGAUGUGAAAAAUGUCAUGGUUCACAAUCUUUCGCCAGGGAUGGUUACAACGGAUCUUCUCAUGUCUGGCGCCAAUACAAAACAGGCAAAGUUUUUCAUAAAUGUCUUGGCUGAACCAGCUGAAGUGGUUGCAGAAUACUUAGUUCCAAACAUUAGAUCUAUCCCUACCAACAGAUCAAUGAAGCCAACAUACAUCCGAUUCCUCACGGGAUUGAAAGCCUAUUCCCAAAUAUUCUCAAGAUUUGCAUUUGGGGCAAGGAGGAACCGGUACAUCAUUGAAGAUUGAACAACAUAAAAAUAGGUGCCAUGUUCAAUUUUUAUCAGCCCCUUUUAUGAUUUUCUCUUUUAUUUUUCUCCUUUUGGUAAACCUGAAAUGAAGGUGCUAACUCGGUGCUCUUUGGUAAGAGCUUAACCUUGUAACUUUAAAGUGCUGAGUUCGAAUCUUGUUAGGACAAUUUUAAAAUAACCAUUAGUAUCACGUUAAUUGAUAAAAAUAAAGCUGAAAUUGACAUUA